AUGUCUGGUGGAACACCAAUUGGGGGUGCAUUCAUGAGACAGAGGCAUAGCCAAGGAUAUACCUCGGGUAGUGAUGACCACGAGGACGAUGCGUGUUCAAGAGCAAGUCCUCAGUCACCGUCGUCAUUGCAGCAGAAGACACGACGGAGAUGGGUUGAGAUUAUGGAGAAUGUUCUUUGGAUUGCUUCUGCAGUUUUUAUCAUAUACUAUGGUGAUAGGCAUUCCAAUUUUAUUGUCAUCUUGUGGCACGAUGAUCGGAUUAGAAGAGAUGGUGUUGAAGCAGAAGUUGUUACAAGGGUUAGGUCAUCUGAUGAAACAAUGAUACAGAAAAGAGUUGACAAACAAAAUGAAGAGUGUGACGAACCUGAUGUGGAUUACGAUAUGGAUCUUGAUGUAGACUAG